CUCACACACACACACAUACACACACACAGAAGACAGAGAAGAGGAGAGGAGGAAGAUGGCGUCCAUCCCCUGUGUGCUGAUAAUGUUGCUGAUCUGCUGGACUCAGGACCACAUGGGUGUCAGAGGGGAAACCCCCACUGUGUUCUCCAGUGUGGGGCAGAACGCCACUCUGCCCUGUGGUAACGUGGCUCAGCCUGACUGCUCCACUACUUCAUGGAUACACAGUGAUAGAAAAGCUACAGUUGAAUUGGUUCAACUUGGGAAGGUCGAAGAAUGUACUGACCCCCCCAACUCAGAUGAGUGUAAAAGAGCUAAGAGACUGAGUCUGCACUCUGGCUGUUCUCUGCACAUCACUGAAGUCACCACUGAUGAAGCUGGACUCUACACCUGUCAGCAGUAUGGGGGAAAGGAUAAACCCAAAAUCAGAAACGAUACUUCAGUUCAUCUGUCAGUUCUUUCUGAUUUUAAACCCACAUCUUCCUCAACCUCUGUAUCAAAAUCCUUUACACCAAAGACAACAACGGACACCCCUUCCAACUCAGGCUCAUCAGGUGUGAGGGGGGAAUCCCCCACUGUGUUCUCCAGUGUGGGGCAGAACGCCACUCUGCCCUGUGGUAACGUGGCUCAGCCUGACUGCUCUACUACAACAUGGAUACACAGUGAUGGAAAAGCUACAGUUGAAUUGGUCACACUUGGGAAGGUCAAAGAAUGCACUGACCGCCCCAACUCAGAUGAGUGUAAAAGAGCUAAGAGACUGAGUCUGCACUCUGGCUGUUCUCUGCACAUCACUGAAGUCACCACUGAUGAAGCUGGACUCUACACCUGUCAGCAGUAUGGGGGAAAGGGUGAACCCAAAAUCAGAAACGAUACUUCAGUUCAUCUGUCAGUUCUUUCUGAUUUUAAACCUCCAUCUACCUCAACCUCUGUAUCAAAAUCCUCUACACCAAAGACAACAACGGACACCCCUUCCAACUCAGGCACAUCAGGUGCUCAACCCACAUUUCUUCCAGGUACACAAGUCUCAGAUAAUAAACCCACAUCUCUCUCAACCUCUGUAUCAAAAUCCUCUACACCAAAAACAACAAAUAUCCCUGUUUCUCCAGACUCAGGCUCAUCAGUCACCCCAGUUGUUCCUCUGAUAGCUGGAGUUGGUGUCCCACUUGGUCUGUUGGCUGCUGCAUUGAUAAUUGUGGUGAUGCACAAGAGAAGGACAAAUGCUGGGGGAGAGACCAAACACACAUCAAAGGAGGAUGAAGCUGAUCUGCACUACGCUGCCUUUCAGCAUCUCAACCCAACCCAAGCUAGGCCUUCUGCAAAGCAGUCUGAGGACACUGUGACCUACAGCAGCAUCAUGCAGUUAUCUGGUGGUGAGGACCAGAACAGCAGCAGACCAGCUGGAGGACCAGCGGACUCCAAUGCUGUUUAUGCCACCGUCCAGAAGAGUGACAAGACACAGGAUUAAUACAGACACAUGCAUAGGGCCUAGGCAUAUCCAUAUACACACGCUUAUGCAUGCAGGCAUGCACGCAUAUGCACACACACACACAUACAGUAUACAUACGCACACACACACACACACCCGCGCACAUGCACACACACACACACGCACACACACACACAGAUAGUAACUGUACAAACACAUGUACAAGACUUCCUCUCACAGCUCUUUCAGUGGUUAGCGUUGAUGACUGACUGUGGGUGUGAAAUGUGUCAGUACCCCCCCCCCCCCCCUCACACACACACACACACACACACACACAAAUUCACAUGCACUGCACACACACACACACUCACACUCACACUCACACACACACACACACACACUCACUCAUUCACACACACAUUUUGAACCCUUAAGUAAAACAUAGGCUGUCUUGUCUUACAGUCUUUUGACCAGAUUUGACCAUCUACUUUACGACCUGACACACAUGCACACAGGAGAAACAGACACAGGCACACACAGACAUGCACACACACACAAACACACACACACACACACACACACACACCUAAACACGGCCAAAAGUCACUGAUUUAAAGGCUUGCACAAUGCAUGAAACAUAAUAGGACACAUUACAGACGAAAAACUAAUUCUAACAUGAUUCAGGAGAUAUUAGCAAAUAUUAAAGAGGCGUCUUGUGUCCAACAAGUUCCUCUUUCUCAUUGUUGUUUUUUCUCAGAGCAGCACUUAAUACUGUAAAUAUUGACAUGCUUGAUAUAUGGGUGUUUUCUAAUGUGCCAUUAUG